GCUGCUGGGUGGGCGGAGUGGGUGGGGGGGGGAGGAGCAGCAGCAGCAGCAGCAGCAGCAGCUGCGAGUAGUAGCCGGCCGAGAGGCGUCCGGUAAUAGGUUAAGCAAAGACAUUGCCUUCCCAUCUGGUCAGCCAUUCAUUGUUCUGCUUGCCUGCCUGGAAGUUUGCAGCUGAAAUUGUGUUAAGGAGUUGCUUCUGGAACUGCUACAAGAAACCAGUGUCUGUGUGCUGUCCAGUUAACUUUUUCAGAAGAUGGGCAGGCCACCAGUUGCUGGUCUCCUGCAGUUCCAGUAGACAUCUGUUGCCCCAGAGCAUUAACCAAUCUGUUCAACGGGACAUCCUUCCUUUGUUAGAAUGAGGCUGUGGUCUGCAUCGCUCUCUGAAAUACAAUGGGCCACACCCAAAAAAGGAAAAAGAAGCUGUGCAGAAGUAUUUGUCCCUUUUUAAAAAAAACACGAAGAUGCUUUUAAAACACACCCAACAGUCCAGUAUUAAUGUUGUGUCCAGUGUGGGUGUCAGGAAUCCUUUAUAUUCAGGAAUACAGGAAAACCAACAAAGUGGAGCCAAGUACAUGCAGCAGCUUCAUGGGCUUGAAGGAUCACUUGGGGCAUGACCUAGGCCACCUCUAUGAGGACAGUGCUGAGACGCAGAUCAGUGCAAUUGCACCUUGGUCGAUGGUAGAAAAACCAACGAUGGAUAAAAUUAACUCUAGGAAGGAAGAUGCUAACAAGGAGACUUCUGAAGAAACUGGCAGUUCCAGUUGUGAUUCUGAGGAGAGCACAAAUUCCGAUAAUGAAUCGGAGCGGCCAACAACCACUGGAACAAAAUCAUGCUUUUUGCCUAAGACUCACAGACAACUGUGCAGGUCUCCUUGCUUGGAACCCCAUAUAUUAAAGCGGAACGAAAUCUUGCAAGACCUUAAACUAGAGGAAGCCCAGAUCGUGUCUAAAGAAGUCAAGAAACCCCCUGAUGUAGUGAAAGAAUAUCAAACCAAACUGGAGUUUGCACUUAAGUUAGGUUACUCUGAAGAACAGGUUCAGCUUGUCUUGAACAAGCUUGGUACUGAUGCUUUAAUCAAUGAUAUACUGGGAGAACUUGUCAAACUUGGAAAUAAAACUGAGACCGAUCAGAACAUAAGUAACAUUAACACUGGAAUGAUGCGUGAAGCAUCUUCUGUUGAGUCUCAGAGGUCUGACUCUCCCCUUCAGGAAGAUGUGCCAGUGGAUGGUGAUAACCUGAGACCAAUAGUUAUUGAUGGCAGCAAUGUGGCAAUGAGUCACGGAAACAAAGAAGUAUUCUCUUGUCGGGGGAUAAAACUAGCAGUGGACUGGUUUUUGGAAAGAGGCCACAAGGAUGUGACGGUGUUUGUGCCAGCAUGGAGGAAAGAACAGUCCCGGCCAGAUGCUCUCAUCACAGAUCAAGAAAUCUUACGUAAACUAGAAAAGGAGAAAAUCCUGGUGUUCACCCCAUCCCGCCGUGUUCAGGGGAGAAGGGUGGUGUGCUAUGAUGACAGGUUCAUUGUGAAGUUGGCCUUUGAGUCAGAUGGUAUCAUUGUGUCGAAUGAUAACUACAGGGAUCUAGCGAACGAAAAGCCUGAAUGGAAGAAGUUCAUUGAUGAGCGGCUGCUAAUGUAUUCAUUUGUCAAUGACAAAUUCAUGCCUCCUGAUGAUCCUCUUGGCCGCCAUGGCCCAAGUCUGGAUAACUUUCUGAGGAAGAAGCCUAUUGUACCGGAACAUAAGAAGCAGCCGUGUCCAUAUGGGAAAAAAUGCACUUAUGGACACAAAUGCAAAUACUACCAUCCAGAAAGAGGAAACCAGCCUCAGAGGUCAGUAGCUGAUGAACUUCGUGCCAUGUCUAGGAGCACAGCUGCCAAAGCUGCUAGUGAAGGAGGGCUGGUGAAAAGUAACAGCGUUCCUUGUAGCACUAAGAUGGAUAGCACUUCAGAUCUCAAGCGAGUUGCCCCAAAGCGGCAAUCAGAUCCUAGUAUAAGGACUCAGGUCUACCAAGACUUGGAGGAAAAGCUUCCCACCAAAAACAAAUUGGAAACCAGGUCUGUACCCUCUUUAGUGAGUAUACCGAAUUCUGCUGCUGCAAAACCCCAAAGUACUGAACCUUUAAGCAAUGGCAUUCCAUCUGGAGUUCAUUUCCCACCUCAGGAUCCAAGGCCACAGGGACAGUUUCCUCCAGUGAUGAUGGCAACCAAAAAUCAUGGAACGCCAAUGCCUUACGAACAGUAUCCCAAAUGUGAGUCUCCGGUGGAUGUAGGUUACUACUCUAUGCUAAAUGCAUAUUCAAACCUAAGUAUCUCUGGCCCCCGAAGCCCCGAAAGGCGUUUCUCUUUGGACACAGAUUACAGAAUCAGUUCGGUAGCCUCUGACUGCAGUAGUGAAGGGAGCAUGAGCUGUGGCAGUAGUGAUUCCUACGUGGGCUACAAUGAUCGAUCUUAUGUGAGCUCUCCUGACCCCCAACUGGAGGAGAAUUUAAAGUGCCAGCAUAUGCACCCCCAUAGCCACCUUAAUUCACAGCCCUUCCUGCAGGGGUACCAUGAUACAUUAACCAGAGUACAAAGUUACAGUCAUGAAGAACCAAAGCACCAUCACAAACCUCCGCUCCCGUACAUGGCUGUACACCUUCAGCAUCCAACUGUUGGGGCUCGGUCUAGUUGUCCUGGGGACUACCCUACUCCUCAGAGUUCACAGCACUCCAAGGGCGUGCACCUGGGCAGAGCCCUUGUGUCUACAAGAAUAGACAGCAUCUCAGACUCGCGUUUGUAUGAUAAUUCUCCAUUAAGACAAAGAAAAUGUUACUCCGGCCAAGACAGCCUUGGUAGUUGGGAUAGGCAGGGCUAUGGGAUGGAGGCAUAUGGCUAUCGACAAACGUACUCCUUGCCCAGUAACCCCACCCAGCCAUGUUACGAGCAGUUUGCCUUCCAAAGCUUGCCCGAGCAGCAGGAUCAGCCUUGGCGGAUACCCUACUGUGGGAUACCUCAAGAUCCUCCGAGGUACCAGGACAGCCGAGAGAAAGUCUACAUCAACCUGUGCAACAUCUUUCCCCCUGAUCUUGUGAGGAUUGUUAUGAAAAGGCAUCCCCACAUGACGGACGCUCAACAACUGGCUGCAGCCAUUUUAGUGGAGAAAUCUCAGCAAGGGUAUUGAUGACAAGGUGAUGAUGCAUCUUUGUGGUGUCUAUUAGUUCAGUCUCAGCUGUAAUGCUGAGGGAGGUUUGCUACAAUAGCAUUUGUGAUCUCCUCGGCAAGGAGGUUGAAUAGUAAUCAAUUUAUGUGAAAUACUGUGCUAUGGAAUCUGUAUGUACAACCCCAUGCGUCAGAAGAGAACAGGUUUGUUUUUAAAUGCUGACUUGAAAUUUAUAUAUAUAUAUACACACAUAUAUAAAUAAUAUAUAUAUAUUUUUCAUGACUGGAAGGUCUAUCCAGUUUAAUUUAUUAUUAAUAUUGUUAUCUGUGGACUCUGAUGAAGAAUCUUUGGUGCAUUGGGGGUUUUAUAUGCAGCACUUUCUAAUGUUGUUACAUGUUUAUUAAAUGGGUGUUUUUGUCCUUAAAAUGCAAAAUGUUUUUUUUAAGAAAAAAACCCUGCAGAAAUUGAGAGGAUUUUCAUGUGCCCAGCAAACUGUUUUCCAAGCCAAGCUUAUUAUGAACUAUUUUUUAAAUGCAAUUAAGUUAUUUUAUUUUAUUGUGUGAUUUUCUUUGUGUUUUUAUAAUCAUUUUAUUUAUAGAAAACAAAAGUCUCCUACAGCACUGACUUUAUUUUUAAACAAUGUGUGAGUUACCAGUUUUAAUGUUGAAAUGGGUAACAAUAUAUUAGUACUUUAUAGUAUGGCACUUUCAUUUGUUUUGUUUUAAUUUGAAAUUAUUUGUUAAUUACUGUUUAUUUUGGUGCAAGCAGAUGCAAUCAGUGGGAGAAGAACCUGCUAUUUUUAAUUUAUUAUGUAGAAGGCAAAAGCCUUACAGGCAGGUUUUGAAGAUGCUGAUCUCAUCCAACUCAUACUGUCUAAAAUCAGACUGUAUCCAUUUAGGUGACAACCUUAUCUGGCUGUUGUACACUUCCAGUCAUCAGAAAUAGCAAUGAAAUUAAGAUUUGUUUAGAUGUGUCUGUUGCUCUUCUGAUUGAUGCACAGGUAUACUGGACUAAAUGCUUUCCCCCCUUUCAUAAAAUACCUGUUUUUAAAUGAAACUAAUUGUUCUCAAUGCAAUUUUUGUAUAUAAGAUACUGUGUAUUUUUCACUCUGUUUAUCAAGCCUGGCCUGAGAAGGCUUCAUGUUGUGUUGAGGAUAUGCAACAUUUUAUUAACUGCACUAUAGUAAUGGUCUCAUAGCUGAGAACGGUUUGUUCUUUUUGUAAGAUAUUAUAGAUGUUUUCACAAUUAGUUUUUCUGGCCUGUUGUAUUAUGUAGGCUGAUUCUUCCACAAACAACCUCGGAGAAGCAGACAGAAUAGUCUCUUUUAGUAUUUAGUAAGGGAGAUUUCUGGUUUUAAGAUGUGGGUUCUGCUAGUUCUUUACAGUGUAAUUUUAUGUAGAUUAGUAGUAGAUCUCAGUCAGUGAUGCAUACUUAAACAUCUUAAUCAGCUGCUUACUGCACUAGGAUUCCCUGCAGAGCAACACUGUGAUUAUUUCCUAGUUUCCAGUAUUACUGCUGCUAACUAGGUGCACAGCUGCCAUUGUUGAAAACCCUGUAGAACCAGAAAGUACCUUUUACUGUUGAUACAAAUUGUAUCUUUAACUAUGAGAACUAUUUUGAUUUAUAGAUCUUAAAAACACACACACAAAUGUGUAAAGAUGAUUAGACUUUUGGGCAACAUUUUAUCCCUUAUUUAAAAACUGUAGAUUGCAAACCCAAAACAGCUGGGUUCCUAUGAUCUCCCUCCCUCCUUUUUGAAUUGGCCUCUCUUUCUCCUCUAAAACAAAACCAAUUCAGUUCAAAUGUAAAAAAUAAUGAUAAAAUGCUGCCUGAAAAGCACCUUUUGAAUAGGAAAACAUUUUUCACUACUUAUGUGACACUAUGUGUUGCAAGAAGUAGGAGUUUGGUAUACAGUAAAUGCUCCUGCAAAGCAUUGUGCUUAUAGAUGUAUCCAAUAAUCUGAACCAUGUUCAGCAACUUUCAUUCAGGAAUUGUUCUUCUACCCAGCUUUCACUGUUGACUAUUGAGGCAGGAUCUCAGUUCUGUUAUUAUUUCUUGUACCCAAACAGGUGGUGCUAUCUUAGUGAGUGAGUGAGUGUGUGUGUGUGUGUGUGUGUGUGUGUGUGUGUGUGUGUGUGUCAUCAGCCGCAAGCCACCGGAGCUCCAGGAAUGCGUGUGUCUGACUUCCAGUGACAGGAAGGAUAUGCCAACAUUGGGUGUGAAACCCGUCAGUGUCGGGAUAUUUUACCUUGCUUGCGGUUAUGAACCCAACAUCUGUAACCUAGAUUUGAAGUAGGUUACAGAUGUUGGGUUCAGAGCUGCAAGUAGGGGAGAAUAUUCUGACAGUGGGUUUGCACGUCACAUCCAGUGCUGGCAUAUCCUUCCCGACCAGAAGUCAGGUGCAUGCACAUUCCUGGGUCGCUGGUGGUUAAUGGCAAACUUUUCUGCCAUGUUAGGUGUGAAGCUGCCCUCUCUCUCUCCAAGAGAAUCUAUUCUUCAAAUCCAUGUUCUUCUCUUUUCCUCCACUUCAUUGUUCCCUGCCUGUAGAAAACUAUUAAUGGAGAGGUUGUACAUCAUGUACUUUUCCUGUACCCUGCCCCCCCAUGAAUAGGCAUUUCUCAAAACUUCACUCAUUCAUAGCAAUGGGGUUUCCACUGGAGAGUUUCAAACCCAUUGAUGUGUAGUGUUUGGUUUACAUUUCAAUUGACAUGUUGGUGGCCAUAUUGUUUGCCACAUUCAUGUGUGUGUCUCUCCUGAAGAUAUAAAUGGGUUCCUGCCACUAGUAAGUGCAGAAUGCAGAAACAUAUGUCUGGAAUAGAACCAUUUUUUAAUGCUAGUAUUUUAAUUUUUUUUAAAUCAGAUUUAAUUUUAUAUUUUUUAGCUUAAUUUUUAAUGUCUUUUUUAUAAUCUUGUUUUUAAAUUUUAUUGUGAGCCGCCUUGGGAUUUUCUUAAGGAAAGGCGGGGUAUAAAUUUAACAAUAAAAAAUAAAUUUCAUAUUUGUUUUCGGUUCAGCAGAAGCUGGCUUAUGGCGUCUUGUGUGCUUAGGCUUGGCCACAGCCUACAAACUCUGAGAGGGUUUGAUUGUGUACUGUGUGCUAAAAUGUGAAGUGAGCUGCUACCUUGUAUGUAUAAUACCAAAUGGGGUGUGUGUGUGUAUACACACAUUCAUACAUACAUACAGCUGCCUGUGGCUCCGCUGGACUAGAAAGCCCAGAAGGUUUCCAUACCCUGCAUCAGAGCCUACAGUGUCCAGCUUGAAUGUCCACGUCUGGUCUUCUCUUUAUGGCCUUUCUUGGAUGCCAUUAAAAGCUGAUUGUGGUGGGACUCAACUACACUGUGUUCUGCCAGAGCUUUCUACAGUUGGUUUAAUACUUUGCAAGAAGCUUCAGUCUUUAAAGGACUUGAUUGAUUUGGGUAGGUCCAGAGUCUAUUCUUUCUGCGCUGCAAAAAGAUCUCUUCCACAGCUGUGAACAGCAUUCUUUACGUACUGACAUGCAUUUUGCAAAUAGGAAGGCAAUGGAGUUACUUGACCACUUUUACCAGUGUGCAGCCACUGGGCUUGUUGACUUGACUUGAGGACCUCCUGCUUUUGACAGAAGCAACCCUUUUUAAGUUCCUCUCUCUCUGCCAAGAUGUAAAGAAGUCUUGGGACCUGCUGCCACUGCCACCUACCUCCUGGAAUUGAUCCUGCUAGGGUACAGGUUGCCCUCGUUAUCCACAGAUCACGGUUUUAAAAAUAGAUGAAAUUGACCUAUCCACAGUUUUGAGUGGCUGGAAAUGACCCGGAAAUGACUUCUGAUGUCAUUUCUGGCUGGCAUUUGACAGCAAAGAGCCAUUUUGUGGCUCUUUUAUUUAAAACAAUUGGUGAAUAUUCGACUGGGGGUUGGAGUGGCAUUGCUUUAGAGCUGGAGACAGUGCUUUUCUCCUCUUAUUUCUGCAUCCCUUGUUUUGUUUGGUUUAUGUUGGUUUGUUUGGCCCUUUUUUUGUAUUAGGAACCUAACCCAGAUUUCCCUGGAAUAAGAUAUUGUUGUUUGUAGUUUCCAUAUUUGUGCCUAUAAGCGAGAACAGAACCCCCGUGAAUAAAGAGGGCCACCUGUAUUUCUAAAAGGCAUGCAGCAAUGGCAUGCCAGUGUGGAAAAAGGAAAAUGGUAAUGCGAGGGAGAUGUCGGAUCUGCUUUGUGUAAAUUCCUUGGUGCAAAUAUUGGGUGGGAAUCCCUUGCGCAAGUGGAAAAUGCAAGAGGUGGGGCAGAUUUUCCUUCUGGCAUCAGUUCUCUGUGCCUUAUGGGUCCCUCGUGCUUCGGAGGCUGCUGCUGGAAGGCGGGGCGUAUCUUAAAAGGUCCCAUGCACAAGCAAAGUACUCAAUCAUGCCAGUUUGAAUCCAGGCCGUUGUAACAGUCCAUUUUAAAGUAUGCUCACUCUAAUUUUACAAGUCGGAAAUUGGGCUCUGCUGUAAUUGAUCGCAACAGAUGAACACCAUGGAAAAAGUUGGCUCAAACCAACACUGAAAAUGGCGCAGAGUCUUUUUUGUGUGUCUCUGUUAAAUUAUUAUUUGGAAACACUUGGCAAAAGAGAUGUAAACUAUUAAACUGGAAACAUUUCAGUGUUUGUAACAUAUGGAUAAAAAUGUAUGUGUGGGGUGUGUAUAGUUAUAGAGCAUUGUGUUGCUCUCUUGUGCAACCACCUAGAACUCUUUAGCAGUGACGACAAAAUUAAGCUUUUAAAUAUUCUCUGCAUAUAUUACAUUAAUGUGUUUGAGGCAUGUUGCCAGUUUUAUACCACCUUGUAUUACUCCAUGGGCAUUGGAGGUUAACUCUGUUGCUACUGCUCCUUGUGACUGUGACCAUAUUAACUAUUUUCCUCCAGAGUUGUCUUUCUUAAUGUGCUUAUUGGUAUUGCCCCAAUCAUGCCAAAAACUACCUGUCUGGAGACAGAGCAUGUUGUCGUAGGUACUCCUUUACAUCUGUGGUUAAUAUAUAUUGGAAUAUUUUAAACUGAGCAAAUCUAAUGAUACUGUGGAAAAUAAAACAUAAUGUUGAUGACUUCUCA